AACCCCUACCAUACCGUCCACGUGUCCCAUCACAAUUCACAAGUGUUUGAAUGAGAGGAUAAUCCAACGAAAAGGAAGAAUUGAACGGCGUUGAUUGGUCGAUGCCAUAUCCAGAGGAGGAUAAGCCCCCCGUCGGCGUCUUCUUCUUCAUUUCCUAAUUCUUUCAUCCACCCAAAAAUCAAAUCCGCAGCGACACCAUUUCCGCAGCCUCAAUUAUGGCCCAAGCCAUGGCUUCUUCUCUGGCGGCAUUGGACGGCGGGAGCCUCAAGAUCAACGGCGGCUCAGCCCGCUGGAACUCCGGCAGCGCCGUCAGAGUGGGAUUUUCCGUCAGACCCGGAGGAUUAUCGGUCGUCAGAGCACAGCAAGUUCCCGGCGAGGCGGAAACUAGCCGGCGGGCACUUCUCGGCGUUGCUGCGGCCGGAUUGGUUUCUGGGUCGUCUUUUGUCCAAUCUGGUCUUGCCGAGGUCCAGUCAAUCAAGGUUGGGCCUCCGCCUCCGCCUUCCGGCGGCCUCCGUAAGUCUUCAUAUCUCCUUUUGUAAUAUUUCAAUAACAUUAAUUAACUAACCUCUUAACAUUUAUAAUUAACCACUUAGGUUUGAAAAUUCUUAUGUUAAGAGUUAAAGACUAGGAUAUUCCUCU